UUUGCCCAAAUUUUGGUCUUUCUGACAGCACCUCAUUUACAGAUCUGUAUAUCUAAACUGAAAUUAUCUCAACAGAGUGUGCCUGAUCUUGGUGGACAUGCUUGUGGGGUUGUGUUGAAAAGAACAAUGGUAAAUGAUAGCUGUUUGGACACUUACAGCAGUGCAGAAGUUACCACGCAGUGCAAAACUGUUCCGUCAUUCAGCAACGUGGUGGAAUAUUGCAGUAAAUCUUUUUCAAAAGAAACAGAAAGGUCUGGUGUCCUUCAAAAACCUACUGUAUAUGAGAGGCGAGAGAAGCCAUGGGCCAUUACUCGGUCAGUGAUGUCUGUGCCAGAGUUGGAUCUCACAGCUACAGUGGACACAGCUCUGCCUUUAAGUUCCUGUAGUGUCUCCAUGGCCAUAGAGCAAAAUAGGAUUCCUCCGACUAUCGCCCCUGCUUCUACCUAUUCCCAGGGAUACCUGGAUGGAAUAGGUUCUGUUAAAAAUAACUUUGCACAUAAGAGAGGUCAUUCACCAGCCUCUGAAGAUUGUCUUAAGCGGCUGAAAGAUGUAGACAAGCAUAGCCGUGAAGACACCAUGACUCUUCCAACUUUUGAUACACAAAGAUCACAGCGGCUUUCUAGUAAAGAAUUGCCAGAUUCAUCUUCUCCAAUCCCAGCAAGUGGCAUGGUUCGUGUUGUUAAAAACUCCAUCAGACUGACUCUUAAUCGAUAGCAGUGCUUUACCAGGUAAUAGUAGAUAUAGUGCAUUUAAUGGCUAUUGCUCAUUUCUUUAUUUCAGCUAUUGUCAUUACCCUCUUGUUUCUCUUUUGAGCAUAUUAACUUGGCUGCAAUCACUAAUAAACUUUUUUUAACUCACAGAGAAAGUGCCCUGAUCCACUCCAGCUCUCUAUCAGAACAAAUAUCUAGUGCUAGAAUUGGUUCCUCUUCUUCUCUUGUAAGGCUCAUUUGAUUUUCCCAAAUCAGCUCCAGAAGGUUGAGGGUCCUUCUAUAUGCAGAUUUGGGGCAGGGGAGGGAGUAUGGGGGGAUGAGAGAGGAAAAAGAAAUUCCAUUGCGUACACAAAAUUCCAGCUGCAUUGUGCAGUACUGAAUGGAAUCCUGAUUAUACUUAAUUCAAAUGUUUAUAGAUACCCUACAAAGUUGUUGAAGUAUGGAACAUAAAUUCUUUAAAUCAGAUGUGUCUCACUUAAUACUCACCAGAUGUGUAGAGACAGUAAUUCCCAAAAUUUCUAACCAGUGUGCCUGCAUCUGGAAGGCACCAGGUUGGGAAAUGUUGUGAGUAUAGCAAAGAUCAUCAACAAAUGUAUGCUUGUCCUCUUUUUUCUUUACCCGUGAGUUUAUUUAACAAAGUGCAAAUCUUAUUAUUUAAAAGAAAAUAACAUAAACAGUUUCAGUUUAAAAUGCAUAAUUUUGAAAUCUUGACUAAAAAAAAGACUUUCAUCAACAGCAUCAUAAGAUAUUCUUCUGUUAAAAGGCAUCCUAAAGUUACUGUAUCCAUACUACUGUAGUAGCAAGCGACACCCAAAGCAUGAAGACAGAGACUGCAUCUAAAUGGUACAACAUAUGAUUUGCAUAUCGGUCCCUGUCAGCUCCAGUUUGGAUCUCUCAUAACAGAGCUGGGAAACUCCUCCGCCUGACUUCCUGAAUAACUGCUCCAAGUUGGUGUCAAGACAAUGUUAAGUAGACCGAUAUUGGCUUUAUGCAUAGCACCCAUCGUUGUUUAAAAUGGCUUAAUCUUCUGGUGUAUUUCUCUCUAAAGUAUUACACUGUCUUAAUUGUUGUAAAAAAAUUCAAGCUACUGUUCUUCCAAAAUUUGUGGUGUGUGGGUAUUCCUAUAAUGUAAGGUUUAUUCCCUUGGACUGGGCCUUUAUUUUCACUGUGCAGAAGCAUAGCUUUAUUUUAAGUCUUCUAUCUGAGUUAUUCUUCUUUCAGCAGAAAAUGUUUUUGCUACGAAACCCCCCCCCCAAAAAUGUCUUGCCUUUAUUUUUCCUGAAAGGGUUGGCAUACAGAGUACUUAGCUCUGGUGUAUUUCAGUUGUUAUCAAUGGCAUUGGAGAAGUGCAGGUAGACUGAAUCUCUUUCUUAAAUAUACUCUUAACACUAUUGUUCUAACCAGAAAAUCCACAACCAGUCUUGGUGGUAUGGAAGGCUGGCUGGUGAUCUGCAUAGCAGGUUGCCAUAGGGGUUCUUGUAAUAAUGCACAGGAGUAUGUGUGUAAAUAUUGGAGGUGCUUCUCCUUUAAAAAACAAUCUAUUUGGCACAUAUGUAGAUGUACCAAAACAGCUGCUUCCCAUGGAGGCUCACAAAAGGAAAACCUAGAGCACAAUUUCAGCCAUUGUUCAGUUGUAUUAAAGCCCUGUAAUAGUGAGAUGUGAAUUUAACUUUGAUUCUUCUCUCUACACAUCUAGCACCCCAAUUUUAAAUCAAUGGGAGUUAAAUAUACUUCAGUGUUUAGCUGGAUUGCAUGCUAAUCUAUAAAUAAAAAUUUAAAUCGACUCAUCUUCCACAAUACUGGAAUGCAAGAAAAGUGGUCACCGUAUCACUUGAAUUUCAGAAUUGUUAGAGGGCCUUGUAAAACCAUAACUUGCAAUCCAAUCUAUUUUUAUUUCCAUGUUGAAUGAUCUGAAAAUUAUCUUCCAUAUUUUGGCCUGCCUUAUGAAUGAAUGAGUGCUCUUUAUUCUUCUGUGAACUGGGACUGGGAAUGCUGGGGUAGAAUGAGUUUUCGUCAAGUCUGAAUUCUGUAGCUUUCUGAACAACUUCACUAGAAUCAAUAUCACCCACUAUACGACCACUGGACUCUUGCAGAACCAUGCUUUCCUUCAGAGCCCAUGUCCUGAUACAGCAGGAGCAAAUGCCAUUUUCAAAUCUUAAAUUUUGUAAUGCCUGUUUUUUGUAAAAAAUAAUCAAAACCAAAAAAG